UUCAUCAGUUAAAAACGUUCAUAAAAAGCGCAGCCAGCGAAGAAUCACACAUCCAAACGAACUAAGCUAUAAAGCCAAAUCGGCCGGAAGAAGGAAGAAAACGGAAGACAGACUCCCAUCUCCGCAUCUCCGGUGAUUUGAAGUCGAGGAGAAAUGGCGGAUCAGUACGUUUCGGGAUGGAUCUUGGGCUCAUUGCUGGCGCUCGGCGCGUUGUUCACGAUGGCGGUUCGGAAACGGAAGAGAGAUGGAAUUUCGGGGAGGAGCGAGUGCGUGAAGAGUGUAUCUGCAGUUAACGGGAAAUGUAGAUCCGGAAACGGUGACGUUGACGUUAUCAUUGUAGGAGCUGGCGUCGCAGGCGCUGCUCUGGCUCACACCCUUGGAAAGGAUGGACGUCGAGUGCAUGUGAUUGAAAGAGACAUGACAGAGCCUGACCGAAUUGUUGGGGAAUUGCUACAACCAGGGGGUUAUCUUAAACUAAUUGAGUUAGGACUUGAAGAUUGUGUGGAGAAAAUUGAUGCUCAGAGGGUUUAUGGUUAUGCUCUUUUCAAAGAUGGGAAACAUACCCAUCUGCCGUAUCCCUUGGAAAAUUUUGAUUCAAACGUCUCUGGUAGGAGCUUUCAUAAUGGCCGUUUCAUACAGAGGAUGCGGGAGAAAGCAGCUUCUCUUCCCAAUGUUCUAUUGGAGCAAGGGACGGCUACUACUCUUCUUGAAGAAAAAGGGACAAUUAAAGGAGUGCAGUACAAAACAAAGGAUGGUGAAGAAUUAACAGCGUUUGCACCUUUGACCAUUGUUUGCGAUGGCUGUUUUUCAAACUUGCGUCGCUCCCUUUGCAACCCUCAGGUAGAUGUGCCCUCUUGUUUUGUUGGUUUGGUCCUCGAGAACUGCGAACUGCCGUACAUAAAUCAUGGGCAUGUUAUACUAGCAGAUCCAUCCCCCAUUUUGUUCUAUCCUAUCAGUAGCACAGAAGUUCGCUGUCUGGUUGAUGUGCCUGGUCAGAAGGUUCCUUCUAUUGCAACUGGUGAGAUGGCAAGCUAUUUGAAAACUGUGGUAGCUCCUCAGGUUCCCCCAGAAAUCUAUGAUUCAUUUGUUGCUGCAGUUGACAAGGGAAAUAUAAGGACAAUGCCAAAUAGGAGCAUGCCAGCUGCUCCAUAUCCUACUCCUGGAGCCUUAUUAAUGGGGGAUGCAUUUAAUAUGCGCCAUCCUUUAACUGGAGGUGGAAUGACUGUGGCACUGUCUGAUAUUGUUCUCCUACGGGAUCUUCUCAGGCCUCUCCAUGACCUCAAUGAUGCACCCACGCUUUGCAGAUAUCUUGAAUCUUUUUACACCUUGCGUAAGCCUGUCGCAUCCACAAUUAAUACAUUGGCAGGUGCCUUGUAUAAGGUUUUCUGUGCUUCACCUGAUCAAGCGAGAAAGGAAAUGCGCCAAGCUUGCUUCGAUUAUCUAAGCCUUGGGGGUGCAUUUUCAAAUGGCCCUGUCUCUCUGCUCUCUGGUUUGAACCCACGCCCCUUGAGCUUGGUUCUACAUUUCUUUGCUGUGGCAGUAUAUGGUGUUGGUCGUUUGUUACUACCUUUCCCUUCACCUAAGCGACUGUGGAUUGGAGCUAGAUUGAUUUCUGGUGCAUCAGGAAUCAUCUUUCCAAUUAUCAAGACUGAAGGAGUCAGGCAAAUGUUUUUUCCAGCAACUGUUCCAGCAUAUUACAGGGUUCCUCCUGUCAAAUGAGAAUACGAGAUCAAGAUCGAAAAGGGGUGUAAAACUUAAGAUACCUUAGAUGUUCAAGUUCUGUGUCAAGAAGCUAGUAGUUUGUAUCUUAUUCAGCAAAUCAGAAUAGAUAAGAUAGUCUGUAUUGUCAUCUGAUAAGAUAGUCUGUAUUGUCAUCUGCAUCCUUUAUACUAUUGGAAGGAAUAAAUGUGCAUUAACAGCAUUAUCCAACAUUUUGGUCCCUAGGGACUCCGUUCUUGCAAAUGGAAUUAUGGAAAGCAACUUUUCUGGCAUUGUUAGGAUUCGUUGGUUUCAAGAUUUGGUUCUGACUAAAUUACAGGUCUUUUA